GGCCCCAGGUCCGCUGGCCUCGGCUGCGAGUGACCCUUGCGCCUGACGACCGCGAGGACCAGUGCGAGGGUAGAGCAUCCUCGGUUGGAGAUGCCGAGACAGAAUAAUCCACAGCCGCGGUGGAAACAGGGUCUUUUGGCUUUGUUUUGGUAACAAGGAGUGUUUUCUCGGUGAAAUGCUGUAUUCGUUAAAAGAAGAAAUGGCCCCCCAGGAGCUCACCCGGCGACUGGCCACCGUGAUCACUCAUGUCGAUGAAAUUAUGCAACAGGAGGUCAGGCCGUUGGUGGCAGUGGAUAUAAUAGAACAGCUUCACAGACAGUUCGCCAUUCUCUCAGGAGGCCGAGGGAAGGAUGGUGCCCCCAUCAUCACUUUUCCAGAGUUUGCGGGGUUCAAACGCAUCCCAGAUGAGGACUUCCUCAAUGUCAUGACCUACCUGACCAGCAUCCCCAGUGCGGAGGCCGCCAGCAUCGGAUUCGUCAUUGUUAUCGACAGACGAAGGGACAAGUGGAGCUCCAUAAAGGCAUCCUUGACACGAAUAGCUGUGGCGUUUCCAGGAAACUUGCAGCUCAUAUUCAUCCUCCGCCCACAUCACUUUAUCCAGAGGACAUUCACUGAAAUUGGCGUUAAAUACUAUCGAGAUGAAUUUAAAAUGAAAGUCCCGAUCAUCAUGUUAAACUCCAUUUCUGACCUGCAUAGCUACAUUGACAGAAGCCAGCUGACCCAGGAGCUGGGGGGAACUCUGGAGUACCGCCACAGCCAGUGGAUCAGCCACCGCACUGCUAUUGAAAAUUUUGCUGUGACCUUGAAGACCACUGCCCAGAUGCUGCAGACGUUUGGGGCCUUCCUGGCCAUGACAGAGCUACCCAGAGGUGUGCCAUGCACUGAAGACCUCCUCAUGUCCCACACAAGGCAGAGGGACAAGCUGCAGGAUGAACUGAACUUACUUGGAAAACAAGGGGCCACAUUGCUGUCCUGCUUCCAAGGACCAGCAACAAAAAAUCCCACUGGCAGACUCAAUCCCAGCGAACUGGAGAAUGUAGCUACCAUGGAAAGGUUACUAGUUCAGUUGGAUGAGACAGAGAAAGCCUUUGGUCAGUUUUGGUUUGAUCAUCAACUGAAGCUUAACCAGUGCCUACAACUACAGCAUUUUGAGCACAAUUUUUGUAAGGUGAAACUUGCCCUGGACAAUCUGUUGGAAGAACAGGCGGAGUUUACAUGUAUUGGAGACAGUGUGAUGCAUGUGGAACAACUUCUUAAGGAACACAAAAAACUGGAGGAAAAAGGCCAGGAACCCUUGGAAAAGGCCCAGCUGCUUGCUCUGGUUGGGGACCAGUUCAUCCAAAACCACCAUUACGCAGUGGACACCAUCAGGCCCAGGUGUGUGGAGCUCAGGCACCUUUGUGACGACUUCAUCAAUGAAAACAAGAAAAGAUAUGACAUUUUAGGAAAGUCCUUGGAGCUGCAUAGACAGCUAGACAAGGUCAGCCAGUGGUGUGAAGCAGGGAUCUUCCUCUUGGCUUCCCAAGCUGUAGACAAGUGCCAGUCUCGAGAGGGGGUUGACGUUGCCUUGAAUGACAUUGAGACAUUCCUGAGCACAGCCAAGGAGUGCCGGUUGCUCAGCCCCAAGGAGUUUUACAACCAGUUUGAGCUGAUACUCACCCCCGAUGUAAAGGCCAAAGCCCAGCGAGUCCUGCAGAAGCUGGGCGACGUGCAGGAAGUCUUUCACAAGAGGCAAGUGAGUCUGAUGAAACUGGCAGCCAAGCAGACUCGCCCCGUGCAGCCUGUGGCCCCCCAUCCCGAGUCCUCCCCAAAAUGGGUGUCACCAAAAACCAGCCAGCCCUCUGCAUUGGCUCCUCCCCAGAGAACAUCUGAGGAACUUCGUACAGAGGCAGAUUUGAAUUCACUGGAUAAGGAUGCUGAUCGGACUAAAUUUGGAGUCAAGAAUGAAGAAGUACUUGAAUGUCACCAUGCUGGGGAGGACCCUGGGCGGGCACAGCUGGACACUGGACAGGGCCUUCCUCCCAGCAGACGCAUUGUACGUGACUUGCUUGAGACAGAAGAGAUUUACAUAAAAGAAAUUAAGAGCAUAAUUGAUGGAUAUAUCACUCCAAUGGACUUUAUUUGGCUGAAGCAUCUAAUUCCAGAUGUUCUUCAGAAUAACAAGGACUUUCUCUUUGGGAAUAUUAGAGAACUUUAUGAAUUUCACAACAGGACUUUCCUAAAAGAAUUGGAAAAGUGCACUGAAAACCCUGACCUUCUGGCACGUUGCUUUAUCAAUAGAAAAGAAGAUCUUCAAAUAUAUUUUAAAUACCAUAAGAAUCUGCCCCGAGCUAGGGCAAUAUGGCAAGAAUGUCAAGACUGUGCCUACUUUGGGGUAUGCCAGCGCCAGUUGGGUCACAAUCUGCCUCUUUUUAAGUAUCUUCGAGGACCAAGCCAAAGACUGAUGAAAUACCAGAUGCUGCUGAAGGGUCUGCUGGAUCUUGAGUCUCCUGAAGAUUUGGAGAUAGACCCAGGUGACCUAGAAGGAGGUGUGGAGAAGGAUGGGCCCCAAAGGACGAAGGAUUCUGCACUCUCAGCUGAACUGCAGCAAGCUUUGGCAGUGGUCGAGGAUUUGAUCAAGUCCUGUGAGCUGGCUGAGGGCCUGGCAGCAGUCACUGGAUGUCCGGAUGACAUUGGAAAACUGGGCAAGCUGUUGAUGCAGGGCCCGUUCAACGUCUGGACGAUUCACAAGGAUCGCUACAAAAUGAAGGAUUUUAUUCGAUUUAAGCCCAGCCAGAGGCAAAUCUAUCUAUUUGAAAGGGGAAUCGUGUUCUGCAAGAUCCGAAUGGAGCCCAGUGACCAGGGGUUCUCUCCUCAUUACAGCUUUAAGAAGUCUAUGAAGUUGGUGACACUUUCAAUUCGCCAAGUUGGAAGGGGGAGCAAUAAAAAGUUUGAAAUUGCCAACCGAAGUGGGCUGGAGAAAUACAUUGUGCAGGCAACUUCAAAAGAAGUCAGAGAUUGCUGGUUCUCAGAAAUAAGUAAAUUACUGAUGGAACAAGAAAACAAUGGUAAAGGGUCUGCAUCAGGAGGAAGCUGGAGUCAGAGGUGGAGGCGGGCGUGGAACCCAGGCCACGGGAAUCUACAGUUUGAAGCCAGUACUAGAGGCAGUGGAGUUGAACGUGUACCCUGGAUGGAAACCACGUGGAGAGCCUCUGCUAGCAAGGAAGAGCCGGUGUCCCGCGUGCCCGGGAUGAAAGGCUGCUGCAGCGGGGAGUCUAUCUCCAAGGAAAGCGGGGACGGCGGUGAAGGUGCCCAAGUCCUGGCAAAGGAGAGCAGCGCUCUGAGUCUCUCGGGGCUCUUCCAGCUGGACGACGGUUAUGAAACCUGCACCUGCCCGGCAGUUCUCCCGGAGAGCCCCCGAGGGGAGAGGGAAGAACGCGACGGGACGGACAGAAGUACUUGGAAUUAGAAUUAUUUCAUCUGCCAGUCAGGAUUGAAGCAGGAGAGACAGUGCACCUGUUGUUUUAACAGAGAACUUAACAUAAAGAAGUGCUACACAGCCGCUGCGGAACCAGAGUGUGGCCGGGCACAGGUGGGGUGAUGACAGCUCCUAGGCUUGGUGGGGGUGACCCCUUGGCUGGGCUCAGUCCUCUGAGGAGCUGGCACUAAGGGUGCAGGUGGGGACAUGGGUGCCGGGAGCUGGGUGUGGGGCUCCGAGGAAGGGACACGGCCAGGCCAGCCGGGCUGGCGUCCCUGAGGGGCCAGGUGAGGGUGUCUGGGAGGGCUGGAGACAUGGCCACCUGGAACUCACUGGGAGGGCUGGGGACAUGGCCACCUGGAACUCGGUGCUGCUGCGGGACCAGCUGUGGCUCUCAGGGUGUGCACCAGGCCUGGAUGGACCCACGGAAGGCCCUGGCAGCCUGGCAGAGGACAGAGGUGUGCCCUGGAAGCCGAGAACACGCCACUUAGCACCCGGCGCGCUGAGCUCACGUUCCAGCAUGAGCAGCGGCUUCCGCUUCUGCAGUUGUCGCGGGUGAGCUGAUGGCCCGUGUUCAUGGCCAGGCGUCUGGCUGAGCCCUCUGUCCCUGCUUUGCUCCUGGAAUGGCGUGGGCCAGCUAAUACCUGAGACGAGGCUCUCCCAUCGGACUCAAAACAGUCAUUUCAGAGUUCCAGGAAAAUAAUGUGUCUCCCUUUGUUCCUAAAGGCCUGUGAUCAGGGGAAUCGGCAAGGGGGAAGAUGCGGGGCCAGCCUGUCGCUGUGCAGCUGGCCAGCAGGUGCCUCUUUGAGAUCUCUUUGGAAUUUAAGCUGUGUCGUGCCCCUCCCCCUUUCUCACAAUGAAAGACCUGUCUGGUGGACUCUG